AGUCUUUCCUCUUUCUCAAAACUCUGCAGACGGCCUUCGUAUUCUUAGACCCCAUUUUGCAGAACCCCACAACUUUCAACACCCAUUCUCAAGUUUUAACCCCUUAAUCCCUUCAGACAGUGAUCGACGUGAAGCUUGUGGGUUUCGCAUUUGCAUUUGCAUUUGCAUUUGCAUGCCACUCUUGUUUUGUGCCAGUUUGAUCAAAUCUUCAAAGAUGGUCAAAUCUUCCAAAAAUAGCCUAUUUGGUCAGUCAGGCAGCAGCAGCAGCAGCCCUUCAGGUUCAGGGUCUUCAUCGGUCCAUGGGCAAAUGAACUGCCCUUCGUCUUCAGGGUCUUCGUUGGUUUAUGGCCAAAUUAACAACUCAAGCAGUAGUACAUCUUCCCUCAAUAGCCCAGGAGGAUAUUUUGCCUCUAAUCAGAACCCUCAGGAACCAUGUCAACAGACACAAGUUGCUCCCCUCCUUGUCACUUUUAGCUCGUCAGAUCAACCUGCUUUUGGAUUUUGGUUUGGUACCCGUGAAUCAGCAUCCAUUGGCUCUUCUGCGAGUGUGUCUAGUAGUAGAUCACCUUUUGGCUCUCGGAAUGUAAAGUCGAUUCUCGGGAACUCAGGCUCUCAAUUUGGAGCAUUAGGCACCAUCAGCUUUGGUUUGUCAAACAGCACUACCACUGGCUUUGGCCAGGUAUCAUCAUUUGGUUCUGUGCAUGAGAAUCCUGCUUCAAGCAACAUAGGACCUGGAUAUUCAAGUGCUCCUGCAUUUGGAGCAUCAGGCACCAGAAACGUCCGUCCAUCAAACACCAGAUCCUGUGGCCCUAGCCAGAAACCAUCAUUUGGCCAGUUAGCAUCAAGCUUUGGUGGGAGCAACUUGCCUGGGAAGACUCCAUUUCGGACUCAGAAUUUACAUUCUGGAACAAAUGACUCUAGAGUGGCAACCCAAGCAGGUGGUCAGGUUAUCAAUGGGCUACAGACAGCCUCUCUGGCUGCUGAAGUCGUUCAGUCCAGCGGCUCAAACUCUUUUAGGUCACAGCCUGAACUGCAGAUUUUAGUUGAUGACCCUGGCUGUACACUAUCAGUCCAACUUGGGAAUCCUGGCAUACAUGUUAAGGUGUUCUGUAAUGAAGAAAAGGUAGCAACUUUCAAGGUGGAUAAUGUGUUGAUUUCAAAGGAAAAUCCUGGGCCUCAGGUUUUUAAUUCCACUAAAGACUCUCCAUGGAAUGAUAAAGCAAAAGAAUCAUCAGGACAGCAGGGUCCAUCCAAUAAUAUGAAUGAGAGUGGAUUAUCAGAUCAAACAAGCAAUGAUGAAGUUGUCGAGAAUCGUUAUGUGGGAUCCAACUUGAGCACUAAUGGGGUAAUUUACAAUCACAAUCCCAUUCCAGCAAGAUGCUUUCAUAUUAUAGUAAAAGAAGAUGAAGAUGGAGAAGUUGCAGACGGUGAAGAGGGAGAAGUAGCAGGCAAUGCUGGACAGAACCCUAAUAUUGCAGCUAUCAUGCCAAAGAUCCAUAGUGCUGACUGUUAUACCAAACCGCCAAUCAAAGAAUUAGCAGCAAGGGAAAGGGCUGAACCAGGAUUCUGUGCUCGUGUCAAGGACUUUGUUUUUGGAAGACAGGGCUACGGCAGCAUCAAGUUUUUGGGGGAAACAGAUGUGAGGGAACUUGACCUGGAGUCUUUUAUUCAGUUUAACCAUGGAGAGGUGAUUGUGUACAUGGAUGAGAGCAAGAAACCACCAAUUGGUCAAGGCCUUAAUAGACCAGCUGAGAUAACUCUCUUCAACGUCAGAUGCAUUGACAAGAACAGCAGGAAAGCAUACAUAGAUGGACCGAUGGUUGAGAAAUACAAGGAGAUGCUCAGACAGAAGGCAGCCGAGCUAGGUGCUGAGAUGGUUUCUUACGAUCCACAGCAAGGAGAGUGGAAAUUCAAGUUUCAACAUUUCUAGGGAACUAUGACUCCAGAUAUGAGAGUAAAUCAGACCUUGCUCGUCCUGGUUGCAUCCUCUAGCUGUCUAGUAAAAUAUCAUGAUGCGUAGAUGGUUGUAAUCAAACUUGUGCAGCUCGUCUAUUAGUAUCUUCUUCAUAUUCA